AUGUUUAAUGUAGCAGAGAAACAGCACGACUUCCUCGUCAGUGUCGGGACGUUCCUGACGGUGCGGGUGGUGGGCAGCGUGCUGCUCAUGUCCGUCUUAUCUUCAGGUAGCAGAGAAACAGCACGACUUCCUCGUCAGUGUCGGGACGUUCCUGACGCGGGCAAAGAGUGCCCCGUGAUAGCGAUACCCGCGAGGUCACCGACGCCCGCGCCGGACAACACCACAGAUGAGCUGGUGGGUGUGAGCUCGUCCACUCCAGCACCGGUCUUGUCCUGUCCUGGCAUUGACGAUCCCGCGAACUUCACCGAGUGCUGCUACGAGUACGACGAUGACCAGGAGGAUCAGGAGGAUGGAGAGGGAAGUGCUGAUGGUGGAAGUGGUGCUUUCCUCGAUGCCGUGAAGAAAGUCACCGAUGAUGACGAUGAUGGACCAAAAGUCAGAAAACCUCGAUGCUGUGCACCCAAGAUCGAGCAGAGCUUCCUCGACUGGCUGCUCGGCCUUGAUGACCGUAUUUGCAGAGUGGCGAUGAUCGUGGCACUGAGUGUGACAGGCACGCUGCUGCUCUUCACUAUCAUCUUCAUCGUGUGCUGCUUCUGGUCCAAGUGUCCGCUCUACUACACAUGUCGUGUCAAGUACGACAAGGACGACAUCAUCGCGACUGCUGGUGACGAGGAGACGGCCAACCUGACGGACAUGCCGGCGGAGGAGAAAGGCGUCAAGGGCUACUCGCCCAACGAGGUGAAGGUGACGACGCUGAACGAGGAGGAGGAGCCGUGCCUCAAGAAGGAGAAGGAGGCUGACGAGCAGCAGCCUCUCGUCGAGAAGAAGGAGGAGAAGAAGAAGGACGAGAAGAAAAAAGAGGACAAGAAGAAAGAGGAGAAGAAAAAGGAGGACAAGAAGAAGGAGGAGAAGAAAAAGGAG